UUCACCAUCUUUGUUGAGUUUCUUUGGUUUAGGCAGUAGAGAUAGGGCUAUCGGACGAAGAACUUCUUUUGCAGGCAACAUUUCUAGUCUUUGUAUUUCAGAAUUUCCGCGGACCAUUUUCGUAUAAAGCACACAGAUGGCCAGUAAUCCAUCUAGCAGUGCAGUGAGAGCCCUUGCUCUUGAAUAUAAAAACAUUCAGGAAGAGCCAGUGGAAGGUUUCCGAGUAAAACUUCUGAAUGAUGAUAACCUAUUUGAGUGGGAAGUUGCCAUCUUCGGUCCCCCCGACACUCUAUACCAAGGAGGCUAUUUUAAGGCUCACAUGAAGUUUCCACCGGACUACCCGUACUCUCCGCCUAGCGUUCGCUUUCUGUCGAAGGUGUGGCACCCCAACGUGUACGAGAAUGGUGAUCUGUGCAUCUCGAUUCUUCAUCCACCAAUCGAUGACCCACAGAGCGGAGAGCUGCCUUCAGAGAGGUGGAACCCCACGCAGAACGUCAGGACGAUACUCUUAAGUGUGAUUUCACUGUUGAACGAGCCUAACACAUUCUCGCCUGCCAAUGUUGACGCAUCCGUCAUGUACAGAAGGUGGAGGGACUCGAAAGGCAAAGAAAAGGAAUACGAGAAUAUUAUCAGGAAACAAGUGGCAGCUUCGAAGGCGGAGGCGGAGAAGGACGGCGUGCAGGUGCCGACGUCCGUCGAGGAGUACUGCAUCCGCACGAAGGCCGAGCCGACGCACAGCUCAAACGAGAUGACCGACUUCUACGAUGACGACUACGCCGACGACCUCGAUGACACGGACUCGGACGCGGACGCGGACUCGGACGCCAACUACUGUGAUGCCGACGACGACAGCGGCAACGGCGAAUCAUGACGCGUGGCUACGCCGGCGGGUGGACUCUUGCGUGCGGUGGCGGCGUCGGAGACGUGACGCAGUUUUCGUCGUUGUGUUCCCCUUCUUCUUCUUCGCCCGGGUUCUCCGCGGCGGAGGUUACCGGGUAGUUUUUGACAGCAGCAGCGGAGGAAGGCGUCGUGCGUUUUCCCGGGUUUUAUUUCGGAGGGAGGGGGGAGGGUGUCGAGAUUAGGCCGGGUGGGAGGGGGCGUGGUGUGUGUGUGUGUCUCCGCGCGUGAGUGCGGGUGAACGUCCCCGGGGAUGGGGUGUCCCGUUAUCGUCGAGUAGCGAAGAGAAGGUGAGAGGGGGUUGUGGGUUGGUGCAGAAAUGUUUUUCUUUUUCGUUGGAGACGUUCGCUAGAUUUUAGAGUCCUGCCCCCCGCCCCCCAGAGUCCUUGGGAUCGGCCCCCAGAGUACGAAGACGUGGUGAAUCCACUUUUUACAGCUUUUGUGAGUAUAUUGUAUCUGAGAUUGUAAAAUAUUUAUGAAACGUUUGCACACUGAACAAUCUCUCUGGAUGUGUUUAUAAAUGCCUUUUAUAUUCAACAGCAGCGGUGCAGUAGUAGUAGGUACGACGAUGGCUUCACCUACGUAUUUGUACCCGUUUUCGAAUCACGAACCAAAUGAUCUUCGGUUGAGCGUUUGUUCGGUCACUGCUACCGUGACCUCGCAAGUUACACUGCCGCCACGAAGCACUCACUAUUCGUUUUUCUUCUCUUUCGACUUCCUUCUAGUCUCAAGGAAGGCCACCGACCGAUUGUUUUUACGAGGUCCCAUUAGCAGUUCACUGCGUUCGCGUUUGUGGGAUGACCGGGUUCCGAGAGAGAGAGAGAGUUCCGCAGCGGACGUAAUGACCGUUUUUUGUAGGUUCAAAUCUGCGCCUAAUGUGUUGAUCAAUGUCGCGAACGGCGUGUCCCGAGCUAGGUGGCAGCACCGCAUCGAAAUGCGGACGGGCCGGGGCUAUUUUGUCACACACACUUCACAGCAUGACACGGCAGCAUUGUGCGAUCAACCUCGCCUCUGUCUCCUCUGGCCUCGUUCCAAGGCACCCUGGACGCCGACGUAAUCGCGAUUGCAUUGUUACGCGUGGGCGGACCGCGCCCUCCCCCACUCACCGCGCAUCUACGUCAGAGCCGCGUAUUGUACAUAUAGCCCGCGUGUCCGCGUUUGUCAUGUGAAUUGCAUUCGAACGUUGCAAUAUCGCAUGAUGUCACUCGGUCGCCUCUCUGCAGUCCUAGCGUCACCUCUCUCGGUGGUGGUGGUGGUGGUGUGGUGUUGGUGUUGGUGGGACAGGUCUCUUCGUACAUCCAGCCUAUGACUUUCGGUGCUUACCCGUACCAUGUACAAUGUCUACGUAAGGCUGUGGUAGGUCUGGGACUUAUUUUGGAACCUCCUGUGUUUUGUUUUGUAUGAUCGGUUUCUGUAUUUGAACUGCUGUACAUCUGUUGCUGUUGAUAUACAUACAUAUAUAUAUAUAUAUAAAGAGCGAGAGAGAGAGAGAGAGAGAGAGAGAGAGAGAGAGAGAAGGAGAGAGAGAGGGAGAGAGUACUUACUGUUACUUAGUGAACUGCUUGCUAUACGACGGUAAGCAGGAGUGAGCGACGGAGCGAGUGAGUGAUGAAAUGAGUGGCGUGAGUGAGUGAGUGAGUGAGUGAGUGAGUGAGUGAGUGAGUGAUUGAAGUGGUUCGCUCAACUCGUUUCGUUUUUGUUGUUUUAUUUAUUUGUGUGUGAGGUGGCUCCCUCUUUCACGCCGACGUGCGGUGGGUGCACCCCCCCCUCGCCGCCGUCUUCCGUGUACAUACAUGGCGUUUAUGCGCGAGUGGCGCGCGCGUGUCGUCCGACUUGUAUUCGUGUUUUCCGGCAAAGAGCUUGCAAAUCUCGCAUGAUGCGGCAAGAGACUAGUCACGACACGAAAUGUCGUCUGCUCGUCCUUGCUUGUACUCCCCCCGACUGCACGUAGUUACUGUACGUCACAAUUAUCCACUGUGUGUUGUUUGCGUUCAACCGAACAUCACUUUCACUGGUAUCGCGUGCGGGCGAUAUCUACUCGUCGUCACCUACGAUUUUUCGAAAAUUCCGUUCACCCUAAUAGUGUUUGUACAGCCGGAACGCGCUAACAGGAUUUUGUGAAGUUGAAGCUUUGACGAAACUUUGCUCGUGUGUGCGUGUGCGCUCCGAACAGCACGUUGUAGAUUGUCUUGUUUUUAAUGCUUGUGAAUGUACUUGCCCGAGACAUUCUUUUUUGGGUUUUUUUGCCAAUAAAGGUAUAAACAAUUAUGCAGAAAUAUGUAUAUGUAAAAAAAAUUGAA